GCCCAACCGCUUGCUGAUCCUCCAUGGGUUUCUGGAUGAAAACGUGCACUUUUUCCACACCAGUUUCUUGAUCUCCCAACUAAUCCGGGCUGGGAAACCGUAUCAGCUACAGAUCUAUCCAAACGAACGACACAGUAUUCGUUGCCCUGAGUCCGGGGAGCACUACGAAAUCACGCUGCUGCACUUUCUUCAAGAAUACCUCUGAGAGGGCGGAUGGGCCCUCCCCCUCCUGCUCCCCCCCCCCAACUUCUGCCGUGGACGCCUACAUGGUUCCCGCGCUCUGCUCCUGCUGCUUCUUUUCAGCCACGGGCAGCCUUCGAACGCAGAGCACAAAAACCCGCCUCGGGGGGAGGGGGGCACACCUCUCCUUGCGCUGGGCCCCAGGGAGGCCCUCCUGCUUUCCAGAUGGCGCAACUCUAACUUUUGUUUUUUCCAGCCUCUCUUAGGGCUUUUUCUUAUUCUGUCCCACCUAACACUCCCCCCCCCA